AGAACUCAUUAAACCAAACAGCACUACAGCAGUCAUAUACGCAUAUACAUACAAUAUAUACUUACACUACUGCUGUGACCUAAAGGAAAGCUAGAGCUGAAGGGGAUUCGGAAAUGGCUAUGAGGUUAUGGGCAUCAAAGUCUGCUUCAUAUCUCAAGAUUUCUGUGUUUAACAGGGGUUUUGCUACUGUCUUGAAAGAUCUGAAGUAUGCUGACUCACACGAAUGGGUAAAGGUUGAGGGUAGUUCUGCUACUGUAGGUAUCACUGACCAUGCUCAAGAUCAUUUAGGGGAUGUGGUAUACGUCGAACUACCCGAACUAGGAACUGCUGUUACACAGGGAAGCAGCUUUGGUGCAGUUGAAAGUGUCAAGGCCACUAGUGACAUCAAUUCUCCCGUUUCUGGAAAGGUUGUUGAGGUUAACAAAGAGCUCGAUGAUUCCCCUGGUUUGGUGAACGGAAGUCCAUAUGAAAAAGGAUGGAUCAUGAAGGUGGAAUUGAGCAACAAUGAUGAAUUAAAAACUCUAAUGGAUUCGGACAGUUACUCAAAGUUCUGUGAUGAAGAAGAUGCAAAGCACUAGUGAUCCAUACACACGGUUGACUGGAGUUUUCAGAUUUGUGCUCUACAUCAAGCUUUAAAUAGAAAUUGAAAGAAUGGUUUUCUGUAUUGAUGUUCUCCAGCAAACCAAUUAGUUCAGGUGUACUGCUGUUUUUCUGAGCAACAAAUUAUCUUCAGAUAUUUUUCUCUACUUGAAGGGAUAUUUUAUCCGGUUUUUGAGAUAAUUCACUAAGAUCCAAUUUUCACAA